AUGUUUUUCUUUGGCGCCGAUGAGAACCGUCGGCAGUUGGAAGUUGGAACCUUAUCCCCAACAACUGGAAAGACGCACCUCAGUUGACUUCCCUUGAACUUGUCCUCUCUCUCUCUCUCUCCCCCCCUACAAAUCCAUGACUUCCUCCUGCAAAUUACUCUCUCAGUCUCACUCCCUCUUCCCCCUCUCAGCUCCAAAUACUUCUCCGGUUGCCCUCAAGAGAACCCAUUGCUUGUUCUCAAGCUCCAUUAAUCACUCAACACUUCACGGCCACCACCUGAACUCCGCUGCAGCCCACACCAUCUCCCGGAGACUAUUCCUCCCUUCGGUUUCGGGCAUCUGGGAUGCUCUAACUGGCGGCGGCAACAAUGCCCGCGAGGCGGUCUUGGCCAUUCGCCGGGGAAUGUUACUCUUCAGACAGGGUGACAUUGCUGGCUCUUUAACAGAAUUCGACAAGGCAAUAGAGCUGGAUCCUCGGCAGAAGGCAUAUCUUUGGCAAAGAGGUCUAUCUCUCUACUAUCUUAAUAGGUUCGAAGAAGGGGCAGAGCAGUUCCGGAUAGAUGUAGCCCAGAAUCCAAAUGAUACAGAGGAGUCAAUAUGGUGCUUUCUGUGCGAAGCUCAACUGUGUGGAGUUGAUGAAGCGAGGAGACGUUUUCUCGAGGUAGGAAGGGACCCACGGCCGGUGAUGAGGGAAGCAUAUAACAUGUUUAAGGACGGAGGAGAUCCAGAAAAGUUCGCUGCUCUAUUUCUGAACGGAAGCCCAGGCGAGUACUUCUACGCUUCUUUGUAUGCAGGCCUUUAUUAUGAAUCUGAGAGGAAACCAGAUGAGGCUAAACGAUGGAUACUCGAUGCAUAUCGAUCUCCAUAUGGGGAAAGGUCCGACGAUUACAUGGCUUCGCUCGCUAAAGUUCACUGCCUUUGUAGAGAUUGGAUUUCAUCUUGAACGAUACCUGGCGCUGUCUGUAAUCCCAGUGAUUCAAUAAAAGUGGGAUCUCUCAUUUACGUCUUUGGCAAUCAGCAUUGCAACUCACUACAGGCGCGAUCACUAAAAAGCGAGUCGGCAGUGACAGGAAAAGGUUACGCUAUGCUCCUUUUCCUAUUCAUUUCUCGGUGUCAGCAUCCAUGGUGGAGCGCCACAGGUCACACCAACGGAUGGAUUACAUACGCAAAUACAAUGGAUAGAGUGAUUUUAUUCUGGUAAUCGACAGGAUAAGCUCUUCUUCGACGAUUCUUUGUGAUGUUCCAGUACAAUGUCUUGAGAGUAACUCUUAUCCUCUUCUGAAGUUAGUCUUGUCCCCUUGUUGCGACCUUGCAUACAACUGACUUACUAUUGAAGAAUGCCCAUUACAGUU